UACGGCUGGCGCACUCGGCCGGAGCGGCAAACCACGCUCCACGACGAAAGUCCUGCGAAGGCGGCAAACCGCGCUCCACGACGAAAGUCCUGCGAAAUCGUGCAUGACGCGGCCGGGAGAGUCCCUCUGCGGGGCCGAUGCGCCCGACAACGCAAGGUCAAGCUAUGGGCAAUUUGGAAAGAGAGAUGCAGCAGAACACUGGAGGGAAGCUAAGAAUCCAUGGGAAAUGGUCUGGGCGACCACCAAAGUGCCACGUAAGCAGUGCCACAUCAGCAGUGCCACGUCAAACACUGCCACGUAAGCAGUGCCACAUCAGCAGUGCCACGUCAGACACAGUGCCACGUCAGAAAAAGUGCCACGUCAACAACAUGACGGGCCUGCCAGGCCAACUGGCCAAUGAGCCCAUUGCCGACUACAAAAAGCGUGUCCAUGCUCAGCUCGCUGCAAUCGAGGCUGAGGAACAACGCCAGCUGGCAGUCAAGGCUGCCCAGCUACAGGCUGAUGAAGCGGCAACAGCAGAGAAGCUGUGGCUACAGGCCGAAGCAGACGCAGAUGCCCAGGCUCGCCGCAAGGAAGCCCAGGCUCUGCUGCAACGGCAUGAAGCCAGCAGCAUCGAGAAACUGAAGUACUGGCAUUUUGAACCAAACGGCGACGAGCCAACACCGGAAGAGCAGCAUAAGGAAUUCAUGGCCAAGCUCGUGAGCAGGAUUCUGCCUGUCGCCAAGCACGCGUACAUCGGCGCCCUGUUCCUGAACUCGAAGGGCGGAUGCCAGACCUGGUUGAGCCACCUGGCAACCUCUCAUGGCAUCGACGUACCGGACUUGAAGGAUAAAAUCACAUGGGAGGAACUGACACGGCUGUGGAAGAAGCGGUUCAUCGUCGACGACACGCCGGCUCUUGCCAUCAACCAUCUGUUCACCAUGUCACAGGGCAACACUGCAACACGGGAUUGGCUCACGGAGUGGCAGAAGAUUGCGGCGGUGCCCGAUCUGGAAUUGGCAUUCACACAUCUACGCCGUGAGUUCUACAACAGGUCCUGUGCUGCAUUGAGCCAGGCUCUUGGUGAUCGCGAGCAGUACUCAAGCUUUGCUGAGAUUAUUGACAAAGCAAGGGAGAUCAUCAAGACCAACAGGUCAGCUGCACACGAGAAGUCACCAUGGCAGCCGACCUAUGUGGAGAACGUACGAACUGGUCCGCGACAGCAGCACUUCGCUGCAGUCCAGCAGGACAGUGGAGAUAACCCAGCCACUCCAGCAUCAAGUGACGGAGAUCAGGUGGCUGCUGUCCAGCCGCGAAGCAACAACAAGUCCCGCAACAAUGGGAAGGCGAAAUCCGCAUCGCAGGCMGGAAAUGGACAGCCAGUACAAGUUCCAUGGGUCAAGUUCGGCUUGACCGAGGCGGAGUACAAGGUCCGCGGCCGCUACGGCAGCUGCUAUUGGUGCAACAGCACCAAGCACAAGACCUCCCUGUGCCAGGAUCAGGGCAAGGAGGAUUCCACCGCAUGCACGGUUUCAUCACCAUCGGCAACCGAUUCGGCAGCUUCGCCGCAAUCUAUCGCCGGGGAUUCGACGUCAUGGUCAAGACUUGAAGAGCUCGACCCGUUGACGUUCACGGACUUCCAGUGGAUGCCCGUUCCCUCGACCGGACGAUUGCCGAAACCGCAUUGCAAUGUGCUCAUGGCACAAUUGCGGGACUACUUGCACACUGCAGUACCAGCUCCGUUGAUGGACGCCGGAGCAGAGGUUGUCGACCUUCACGCUUACAUCGCGAAGAUCGACCGCGAGUUCAAGACGCAACGCUCAUCGCCAUACGGUGCUCCUGUUCUCUUCGUCCGGAAGAAGAACAAGGACCUGCGGUUGUGCAUCGAUUAUCGCAAGCUCAACGCGCANAACCGCGACAAGUGCGAGUUCGCACAGCAGGAGCUGGAGUACUUGGGACACUAUGUGACGCCGCAAGGCAUCCGUCCGCUUGCGGACAAGAUCGAGGCCCUACGAGUAUGGCCCGAGCCCAGCAACACCACGGACGUUCGUUCAUUCAUGGGGUUGGCGGGCUACUAUCAGCGAUUCAUCACCGGAUACUCCAGGAUUGCUGCACCUAUGACGAGGUUACAGUCGCCAAAGGUGCCAUUCGUAUUCGAUGACGACGCACGCCGGUCAUUCCAAGCACUUAAGACGGUGAUGCUCAUGGCACCCGUCCUUAGCAUCUAUGACCCCACCCUGCCGACGCGAGUGACUACGGACGCUUCCGACUAUGGCAUUGGGGCAGUCUUGGAACAGCACGACGGCGACGACUGGCACCCUUUGGAGUAUUUCAGCCACAAAGUGCCUCCCAUGAACUCGCUUGAUGAUGCAAGGAAGAAGGAGCUGCUCGCAUUCGUGAUGGCUCUCAAGCGCUGGCGGCACUUCCUCCUUGGGCGUCGUAGGUUCACAUGGGUCACAGACAACAAUCCAUUGACCUACUACAAGAUGCAGGACACGGUGAGCAGCACGAUCGGACAAUGGAUGUACUUCAUCGACCAAUUUGACUUCACACCGAAACAUGUCACCGGCCUCUCCAAUCGCGCAGCAGAUGCACUCUCGCGAAGACCUGAUCUUUGCGCUAUGACACAUCAUGCCUUCGCAUUCGACGAGGAGCUUCAGCGACACUUCAUCCGGGCAUAUCAGUCUGAUCCGGACUUCGGCACGCUCUAUGCACAGCUAUCUUCGGAUCACCUGCCGGUCAACCAUUACCGCAUUGCCGACAGGUACUUGCUCCUCCACUCGAGAGGCAAGGACUUACUAUGUGUCGCACGCGACCGUCGUCUUCGGACUCACCUCCUCGGCGAGUAUCAUGAUUCACGACUCGCCGGCCAUUUCGGAGUCGACCGCACUAUUGCACGGCUUCGACAACGAUUCCGAUGGCCCGACCUCAUUACCGAUGUCACUCGGUAUUGCGACUCUUGCGAAGUUUGUCGACGCGGCAAGCCCCGCAACCGCAAUCCCUACGGCGAGUUACACCCGAUGCCUAUCCCACGGGAACCCAAUCUCUCCAUUGCCAUGGACGUCACCGGUCCGUUUCCUCGCGACCGGCUCGGGCACGACGGCAUCCUCACGGUUGUGGACCGAUUGAAUUGGAUCUCUGUGUGAUUUUUUGAGUGUAUCCCGUGUCAGGCAGCUGCCACGUCAGGGUGUGUCUGUGUGUCCAAACCCACACCUUGCAAAGUGUGGAAAACUGGCCGAAAAAGAUCACAAUGAAAUCUAUGGACUCCG